UUAUUAAAUGCUUGAUGGAAAGUCUUGAGGAUGAGAUAUCUCAGGCUGAGGACUCCCUGCUUCAGGCCGCAUCCUCAUUUCCAAUGUAUGGAAGAGUCCACUGUAUAACAAGAGCUUUUCAGAAGUUGCCUCUACAUGACCUGCAGUUGGUGAGUGAGUGGAGGCUCGUGGUGGAGAGGCUUUUGCUGCUGUCCUACAGGCUUUCUGCUGUGGUGUCUCCUGUCAUCCAGAGCUCCUCCCCGGAAGGCCUCAUCCCUAUGGACACUGACUCAGGUAAGCAGUUUCUAACUAUUAUAAACAGCCCCCAGCAGGAGAGAGUUUUACACAGUGCUGUAGUGAGUG